UAGUCUUCCUAACUGCGAACCCAGGAGGAAGCAAAGCGCCUCUCAGCCGGCCACCUCAUCGCUCGGGCAGGCAGCGGCGGCGGGUGACACUCCCGAGUGGCCAUGGAGGAGGUGGGCCGCGGGCGGACGCUUUGCCUCUUCGACGUGGACGGCACCCUGACCGCGCCUCGCCAGAAAGUCACCCCAGAUAUGGCGGAUUUUCUGCAGGCCUUGCGGAAGAAGGUGAAGGUCGGAGUUGUGGGCGGCUCAGACUUCGAAAAGAUUCAAGAGCAACUGGGAGACGAUGUGAUUGAAAAAUUUGACUACGUCUUCCCGGAAAACGGUCUCGUGGCAUACAAAGAUGGGAACCUCUUGAGUAAACAGAGCAUUCAAGGCCAAAUGGGCGAAGAGCUUCUUCAAGACUUGAUCAACUAUUGCCUGAGUUACAUUGCAAAACUUAAACUGCCGAGGAAGAGGGGCACUUUCAUUGAAUUCCGAAAUGGGAUGCUGAACAUCUCUCCCGUGGGCAGAAACUGCAGCCAGAAGGAGCGGAUUGAAUUCUAUGAACUUGAUAAGAGGGAGCAUAUAAGAGAUAAAUUUGUCGCCGAUUUACGACGAGACUUUGCAGGAAAAGGCCUCACAUUCUCCAUAGGGGGCCAGAUCAGUUUUGAUGUGUUUCCAGAUGGUUGGGAUAAGCGAUACUGUUUAGGAAUUGUUUCCCAAGAUGGCUUCAAAACAAUUUAUUUCUUUGGAGACAAGACAAUGCCAGGUGGGAACGACUAUGAAAUUUACACGGACUCCAGAACCAUCGGCCACAGCGUCACGUCGCCCGAGCAGACAAAACAGAUAUGUGAAGAGUUAUUCUUCAACUAGAUGCGCUUAUUUUGUACGAAAAGGGAGCAGGUUAACUUCAGGACUAAAAUUUGCAGAAUAACUGCCUUGGGGUGAAGAUCAGGAUCAAGACUGUGGUGUGCAGGAGGUUUUUUUUGGGGGGGGUUAACUCUUCUGUUCCCUCCUCCCCCCGAAGCUGCUGUUUGUCCAGAAAGCGGCAAUUAUGAGGCAAAUAGAAGUUAGCUGCCUCCCUCCACGGCAGCUAUUUUAAAAAUAGGAGAAAUGGUCAGACCUGUUAAAUGAAUGAUUGCCUUUCAUAUUGUGCCCAGUUUUUGUUUUGCAUGAUCACAGCUUGCCUUUCAGGCUGAUUUCCUAGAGAUUGAAAAGUUCUACCAUAACAGAAAUGUCAAAAGGCGAUUCCCCCCCGCCUUCCAGACCAAAUUCCUCGACACACACCGGGAUCUCUUCCAAGCAACAUGUGUGGAUGGCUUCUUCUGCCAACACUGUUCUGUCCCCACUUUCAUUUUUCUGAUUGCUGAGUAGCCCUGAAAAACAGGCCUCAUGGUGGAAGCCUUGCAGGUAGAUCACAACGUCCAGAAAGGCUUUGCUUGUGACUUAUUGAAACAGGCAGUUGGAGGGUGGUUUUAGGGUAGAGGUAGAAUUCUGGCGCAGGAGCCCAUCCUUCUUCCACCACCCACUGUUUGCCGCUGUUUCAAGGGUUCUCUGGUUUGUUUCAGAAUUUGUUGUCUCAGUAGGGUAUGUUUGGAAUUUAAUGUACUGGAAUGCAAAGGGAUGGGAGAUUCCCACUAAUACCUCACACCUGGCUUUUUGGAAUAUGGUGCAGUUGCUAAUCCUGCCAUGCAAUUUCUGUUAAAAGCUCAUACUUCAAGUUGGACUGCCAUAUUAAAAUUCUUAUGAACAGGGAA